AAUACUGUCAUAGAAAAAAUGCCGUAAAUUUUGACAGCUCUUAAUAAGAAUAAGCAAAAAAUUAAUUUACACAAACUUUUUUAUAUUUUCCUCCUAACUUUCUGCAAUUUUUCUAUAAAUUAAAUAAAUAAACAACACAAUAAAGGAAAACAAACAAAAACUUGCCAGAAAAAUCUUGUGAAUAACAGAGGGAUAAAAGAAAUAAACACACAAUUUCUACUAGUUUCUAUUAGAGAAGACUGUAAAAAACACACCUGCUAAAAUGUCUCACACGAUUCUUUUGGUACAACCUGGUUCCCGGCCAGAAACACGCACCUACAGCGACUACGACAGUGUCAACGACUGCAUGGAAGGUGUUUGUCGCAUUUAUGAAGAGCAUUUGAAACGUAUUAACCCCAAUACACCCACCAUCACUUAUGAUAUUAGCCAACUGUUCGAUUUCUUAGACCAAUUGGCCGAUAUUAGCUGUUUGGUUUAUCAGAAAUCCACAAAUACCUAUGCGCCCUACAAUAAAGAAUGGAUUAAGGAGAAAAUCUAUGUAUUGCUAAGACAAGCGGCCGGUAGCUCAGACUGAUGUCAUAAUAAUGUUUUAAGUGUUUAGCAGCAGCAGCCGCAAUAAAUACACAUUAGCCCCAAAAACAACUACAACAACAAAACAGCAUUAACAUCCUCAACUCCUUAGAACAUCCAUCAGCAUCUAAUCCAAAUCUUUUUUUAUUAUAAAUAUUUAAACCAUGUAAAAAAAGAAGUAUAAUUAACAAUUGAAUUUGUCAAUUGAUUUUAGCAGUAGUAGUAUCCUCUCGUCAUGUAAGAAAAUUGAACUGGUGUGUGCAGUGUGAGUUACUAAAACAAAACAAUAAUUUGUUCUUUUCACUUAAUUUUUCUCUGUAAACUUUUCUAUUUUUUAAUAAGUAUGAAUUUUUUAUUUAAUUUUUUUAUUGUUAAUUAAAAAUAUAAAUCGCGGAAAUCGAAAGCAAUGAGUGCUUUUCUUUUCUUAAUAAAAAUAAAUAAUAAAAUCAACAAUA